AUGGAUAAUUUCAUGGAGAUGACCAAGAACCUCGGGCACCAGCCCGAGCUGCUACGCCUGAGAGCGCUGGAUGCCACUUAUGAAGAUGCCUUGGAGGGUAAACUGGUGGUGGCCCCCAUUGAUAUGAACGAGCCGGGCAAGAAGAUUCUGGACUCUGGUACCGCAGAUGGCACCUGGCUUCGCAAUGUACGGAGCAAGCAAUCAGCCGAGCAUGACUACUAUGGUAGCGAUGUUGAAGGCGAGCUGUUCCCAGAGAAUCCAGAUGGCAUUACCUACUUUGCCCAUUCCUUCAAGGACCCAUGGCCCCAGCAGUACUUGGGAUUUUUCGACCUCGUCCACAUCCGAGGCAGCCUGGCGGGCUCCGCUCCGGAGGGACCGGCCCCUGUGAUUAAGAACCUGACUACUCUGUUGAAGCCUGGUGGCUGGGUUCAGCUCAUGGAAAUGAAUGGCUUCAGUCCUCCACCAAAUGGCCCUGCCAUGACAGACUUUGCUAAGAUGGCCUCGGAGAUGUUUACCGGCAUCGGUGUCGGUGACUUCGCCAACAACAACAAGUCCAUGUUGGAAGAAGCCGGCUUGAAGAAUGUACAGGAGAAGCGCGUUAUCGUCAACCUGGGCAAGAAAGCAAAGCCAGAGUUGCACCAGCACAGUAUUCAUGGAGUUACUGGACCCAUUGUGCCGCUGACUAGCGUGGCCAAGUCCGUGCCAUCUUCGUUUACCAAUGAGCAGCUUGACGCGCUUCCGGGGCGGGUUAAGGAAGAGCUGGAGACAGAAGGGGGUCAAGUUGAGAUGAUUAUUGCCUUUGGCCAGAAGGCUUGA